CGGAAUUUCAUUGCUCAAGAAGCGUCGCGAAGCGAAGACGAGACGAGCAUGGCCGACGCGCAGGUGAAGAAGCUAUCGGACGAGAUCGAGCGCCUCGAGGGCGACCUCAAGGCGCUCGAGGCCGCGUGCACGACGUCCGAGGCCGUCAAAAAGAUUGCCGAGUUUUGCAACACGACGCCCGACCCGUUCCUUGGCGACAACGAGACGCCGAAUCAGUGGCAGGCCAACGCACAAGGCGGCGGCGGCUGCGUCAUACAAUGAAGCCGCGACCACCACGCGGUUCGCCAUUAUACCACGAUCCUCCAUGGUGCAUGCUGUAGAAAUAUAUUAAAUUACUGUCUCUUCUUGCGACCUUCUUGCAGAUGA